AUCAAAUAUAAAUACAACACCUGUGCUUUUGGAAUUGUGUGAACGUGGUGUUGUUGAUAUUUGUGUAGCUUAGUUUUUUAUUUAAUUUUUUAACUUCGAUAUGUAAAAUGCAAUAAAACUAUUGGCACGAAGAUUUCCAUUCCUGGAAUUCGCCAUUGCAGCGGAACCAAACAAGUGAAUACCACUCCUAUUCGAAAAACAACAACAAAGAGUGUGGCAACAUAAAAAAAUAAUUAAAAGAAACUGUAAAAACAACAACACCUAGUUCCACGUACAUUUAAAGGCAAAGGCAAAUAAUAGCAGCCAACUUGAAAUUGCAGUGAAACAUGAAAAUUUGAUCUGCCUUUUUUCUAGUGCAUACUUAAUUGAAGUUAAACUGAAGUGCAUUCGCAUAGCCUGGGUGUAAAAGUUAGUUUCGUGGGCUUGAAAAAACGGUUAAUUCAACGCAAUAAAUAUAAAAAAUAGUCAGUUACUCGAGAAAUUCCGCAAUAAAGAGAAAUGUAUGUGAAAUUUACAAAUACAUUUACAUAUAAAAACACAACAGCUACAACAAGCAAUCAAGAAACCAUUAAAAUACAAAGCAAUAAGUUGAAUUGAAAACUCGAACCAAAACAGAACACAAGCAACUGUAAUUUUAUAAAUUUUAAGUCCUUGGAUUACUUGGACGAUGGCAGUGUCCUGCCCCGAAGUUAUGUACGGUGCUUACUAUCCAUAUUUGUAUGGCCGUGCUGGACCAAGUCGUUCAUUCUAUCAAUAUGAGAGGUUCAAUCAGGAUCUGUACUCUUCGUCGGGCGUGCAAUUGGCCUCAUCAAGUGCCUCUGGCAGCUCACAUUCGCCCUGCAGUCCCAUCCUACCGCCGGCGGUGAGUGCGAAUGCCGCCGCUGCAGCAGUAGCGGCCGCACACAAUACCGCCGCAGCGGUAGUCGCCGUCGCAGCACAAACGGCCAAUCAAUCGGCGAGCAUAGCUGCAACGACGAGUCUGCCGCUGGGCGGUGGCGGUGUAGUACCAGGUGGUGGAGGUAGCACUAAUAUUGGUGGCACCAGCGGUAGUGCGGGUGUUGCAAGUUCGGUGAUCGGCGGUACAGGAAUUGGUGGAGGAGCGGUCAUUGGUGGCGGCGGCGGCAGCGUAGCGGUCAGCAAUGCGAUACAACACAGCAGAGCGCAUACCAAAGAAGAGGAUCUGGGAGUGCCACGAAGUGAUGCUGAAGCUCGUCUAGUGGGCUCACAUCACAACGAGUCAUCCUGUUCGUCAAGUCCCGAUUCACCUCGUCACACCUUGCAUGGAGCUCAGGCGAAAGAACUGCCUCUACCGUUGGACAACUCGAAUGUCAACGGACAGGGCAGAGCACAAUACUUAUCAGCCACCUGCGUCGUAUUUACAAACUAUUCCGGCGACACGGCCAGCGUUGUGGAUGAGCACUUCUCGCGGGCGCUCAAUUUUAGCAAUAAAGACAGCAAAGAAACGAGUAGUCCCAUGUCAGCAAGAAACUUCCCACCUUCGUUUUGGAAUAGCAACUAUGUGCAUCCAGUGCCUGCACCCGCACAUCCGCAGGUUGGCGAUUUGUACGCAUCGGACGGUGGCUAUGCAACCGAUCCAUGGGUGCCACAUGCGGCUGCCGCACAUUACGGCUCUUAUGCGCACGCUGCACAUGCACAUGCUGCACACGCGCAUGCCUACCACCACAAUAUGGCGCAAUACGGUAGCCUGUUACGGCUGCCACAACAGUAUAGCCACGGUACCAGACUGCAUCACGACCAACAGACCGCGCACGCGCUCGAAAGUGCGGCAGCCUAUUCCAGUUACCCCACAAUGGCAGGCCUUGAGGCGCAAGUACAGGAGUCAUCAAAGGAUCUUUACUGGUUUUGAAUUAACGUGGAACGUUAAAUUAAGAUACACAAUGUAAAAUACAAAACACACACACUCAAACACAUACAAAACCA